AUGGAGGGGAGUAUGUCGGUGCAGUCGCUUCCCGUUCAGAAGGAGGAUUCGCAGGAUGAUGCUGGUGAGAGCAUUCGCGUACACAUCCGCGUGCGGCCACAGACCGAGCGGGAGAUUGCCAUAGGCAGCGAGCAGGCUGUUUUCGUGGAUGGGAACUCUGUUGUUGUCAAGUCCGAUCCGCCCAGGAGCUUUACUUUCGAUGGUGUCCUUGGAGAGUCGGCCACACAGCAGGAUGUUUUCGAAUCACUGGGCAGGAUGGUUGGCUCCAGCUGCUUGGCGGGCUACAACGGGAGCGUCUAUGUCUAUGGGCAGACGGGUGCCGGCAAGACGCACACCAUGUGCGGUCCAAUAACCUCCGUGCAGUCCAUGCAGUUUGAUGAGCGUCGUGGCAUAAUCUGCCGAAUGCUGGAUUACAUCUUCUCGGAGGUUGCAAGAAGAGGGGCAGAAGACACAGGGCUCGAGCAUUCCUGCAAAUGUUCCUUCCUGGAGAUCUACAAGGAGCAAAUCACGGACCUCUUGGAACCUGCCAACACUAACCUACAAGUGCGGGAGGACAUGAACCGUGGCGUGUACGUGGAACGGCUAAGUGAAGUGACGGUCGGCUCCCUGACCGAAGCCUUUCAGGUACUGUGGAGAGGUCUGCAACAGCGGCAAGUAGGCUCAACCCACAUGAACGAGCGUAGCUCAAGAUCACACGCGGUCUUUACCUUGUAUGUCGAGGCAAGGAAUGCUUUCAGCUAUGUUCCUUCAGACCUGCUGCGGCAUCCUGCAGGAUGUUCCAUGGCAGCAUUAGGAGGAAAUACAUUUCCCUUCCGUCAUGAGCAUAUGAGCAGGGACGCCGCAGCCAUCGUGCGCAGCUCUCCGGGCGGCUCACAGGACUGGCUGAAACUUUUAUGGCACCUCAGUUUCACAGAUGCUGCCCACCUGUGA